GAGAAAACAGAGGGAGAGAGAAGAAGAAGAAGAAGAAGAAGAAGAAGAAGAUGGGGCUACAAGGUCAGCUCAGUGACGUCUCUUCCGACUCGAUCCCUCUGAUGCUCCUCUCUCUCCUCGCCGUAUUCCUCGGCCGUCUCCGCUCCUUCCUCCACCGUCCCUGCGAUCCCGAUUCCAAUCUCACCGUCGACGACUCCUCCUCCAUCAUAGCCUCGGGACUCGCCAACAUCAUCGUCCUCGCCGAUCAGCUGAGCCUGAACCGGCUCUUCUCGUACCGGUGCGGAGGCGAAGGCGGUGGUUCCGGUUGCGUGGUGUGUCUGUCGAAGCUGCGGGAGGGAGAAGAGGUGAGGAAGCUGGAGUGUCGACACGUGUUCCACAAGCGGUGCUUGGAGGGAUGGCUCCACUGUCUCAAUUUCACAUGUCCUCUCUGUAGAUCUGCUCUGGUCGCCGAUGGUUGCGUCUCCAAAACGCAGCGGCGCGUGGGAAGGAAUUUGAUCUCGUGCCUCGCUCCCCACUGAUUCACCCGUGCGCUCGAGAUCAACGGCGGUGAUUCACCCAUCUCCAAUUGUCAUUAUAUAUGGAAAAAAAAUCGGAGAGAUUACAGUGGCUGACUGGUCUAUUAGACCACGCGCGCCCUUAUUUUCUCGAUUUUCUUUUUUUUUUUUUGGUUUUUUUUUUUGAGGUUUUGUCGCAUGGAUUUGUAACACCUGAACAUAGACCAUAAUGUAUAUAGAAGCCUGUUUGAUGUACCUUAAAAUUGUUCAAUGAUCGAUAUGCAAAAACCUAAAGGAGCCGGAAUCAGAAUCA